AUGAAAAGGAAUUUUUGGAUUAUAAUCAUAUUUUUUGUUUAUGUUAUAAAUAAAAUUUACUGUUUUAAUAAUGUUAUAAAAAAUAAUACUAAAUUUUUAUCCAAAGAGAAUAAUUAUAAAAUCAGAGAAUAUAAUAAGAAUGAAAUAAGUUUGCCAGAAAAAUUGUCUCUUAAAGAUACACUAGAUUAUGUAUCCACAUUUUUUGGAAUUGAAAAAUAUGAUAAAAGUUUCCAAAAUCGAAUACCUUUGAUGGUUGAGGAGGGUUUAGAACAUGGAAAUGAAUAUAACCAUGAGAUAAUGUCUUUCGAAAAUGAAACAAAAAUUAGUAAUAAUGAUAAGGAUAAUAUAUACAACGUUGAUAAGGAUAAUAUAUACAACGUUGAUAAGGAUAAUAUAUACAACGUUGAUAAGGAUAAUAUAUACAACGUUGAUAAGGAUAAUAUAUACAACGUUGAUAAGGAUAAUAUAUACAACGUUGAUAAGAAUAAUAGUGGAAUAGAGUACAAUCGAACAGAAACAGAUGAUGUAGAAUAUGAUAAUAAUGAAGAAGAAAAUGAAAGAAAAAAAUUAUUUAAUCUAGCUAUGGAACUAAAAGAUGGGUCAAAAAAUCAAAAAAAAAAUAUCCAAAAAAGUAUAAAAAUAUUUGAAAAAUUAAUAAUGGACAAAAAAAAAGAUCAAAUAACUUCUUUAUCAUAUUAUGAAUUAGGAAAAAUAUAUUUUUUUGGAUAUAAAAAUUAUUUUUUUUCAUAUAAAAGAAAUAUAAAAUUAAGUUUAUAUUAUUUAAAAAGAUCUAGUGAAAUGAAAAAUCCAGGUGCUUUCCACUUUUUAAGUUUUAUAUAUUUUUUUGAAUUUAACAGACAGUUGAAUAAUGAAGUGGUAGAGCAAAUUGAAGAGGACCAAGCGAGCAAAAGUGGGAACAGAAGUGAAAGCAGAAGUGAAAGCAGAAGUGAAAGCAGAAAUUAUUUUAUGAAAAAAUCGAUCGAAUAUGAAAUAGAAGGUUGUUUAUUAAAUUAUACACCUUCCAUUUUAGCAAUGGGUUAUAGAUAUUUAUAUGGUAUAAAUUUAAAAAAAAAUUGUGAAAAAUCUAAAAAUUAUUAUAAGUUAAUAGCUGAAAAUGUAAUGAACUCAGAUUAUAUUAACAUUCCUUUGUCUGAUCUUGAUUUGUUAAAUAAAGAUAAUAUAAAUAUUCAUAAUGAAAUUAGCAAUUUAAAAAAUAAUGAAGAAGAUAUUUUAGAAUUUUUAAAAGAACAGAUUAAAGGUGGAGAUGUUAUGGCAAUGUAUGAUCUUGGGAAAAAAUAUAAAGAAGAAAAAAAUUUCACUCAAGCUUUUGAAUAUAUAAAUGAAGCAUCAAAAAAAAAUAACAUAUUAGCUUUAAAGGAGUUAGGAAUAAUAUAUUUAUAUGGAUAUGGGACUGAAAAAAAUAUAGAAAAAAGUAUCGAAAAUUUUUCAAAGGCAGCGGAGGCAGGAGAUGUUGAGUCAAAAUGUUAUUUGGGAUAUAUUUAUUAUUUUAUUGAAGACCAUCGAAAUUUAAAAUUAUCAAUAAAAUAUUUAAUUGAAGCAGCAAACCAUGAUCAUGCAGAAGCUCUUUUUUUUCUCGCAGAAAUAAUUCUUGAUAUUUCAGUAAAAAAAAGACAUAUUUCUGAUAAUAUAUAUAAAAUAGUAUUUAAAUUAUAUGAACAGUCAGCAGAUUUAGGAUAUGUUCAAGGAUAUUUUAGAGAAGCACAAUUAUAUGAAAUUGGAAAAGGUGUUAAAGAAUCAUGCUUAAAUUCAGCCCUUUCUUAUAAAUUUGUUGCCGAAAGCACUUCAUGGGCAAACGAAAUAAGGCAAGGUAUGAAUUAUUAUAUCGAAAAACAAUUUUUAAAAGCUUUCUAUACAUAUGCAUUAGCUGCAUAUGAAGGAUAUGAGGUAGCCCAAAGUAAUUUUAUAUACAUAUAUAAAAAUAACAAUUUAAAAGAUUAUGUUAAACCUGAAAAGGUUAUGCAAAUAUUACAUUUAUUAUACAAACAAGGGAAUUAUAAAACUUUAUAUGAAAUGGGAGAAAUAUAUAAAGAACAAAAUAAGCAAAACUUGUCGAUAUAUUAUUACAAAAUGGGAUUAAAUAAAGGAGACCUCCGAAAUCUUAUUCCUUUAUCAUAUUAUUAUGAACAAAAUAAAGACAAUGAUAGGGCGCUAAAAUAUGUAAACUAUUUCAUAAAACAAGCUGGAAGAGAUCAAGAAUCCAAUGAUACAAAAAUGGAAAAAAUAAAAAAUAUAUUUGACAAAUCAUUAUUAUACUUUAGAAAAUAUAAGUUAUUUUUUAAAACGUUUUAUAACACAAAAAAAAAAGAAAAAAAAGAGGGAGUCUAA